AUGGGUCAACAACAGCCCCGCCCUCCUCCGCGCCCUCUGCUGGGGGCCCGGCCGCGGCCGCGGCGGAUCGGCUGGUCAGGGGCCGCCGCCGCCGGCGGGGACGCGGGCGGCAAGGCGGCCGGCGGAUGGGCAACGGCCCGACCUGGGCGGCCCCGCCCUCCUCCGCCAAACUCGGAGCCAUGGAAAGCUAUCUUUGUCGCGCUCCGAUUUAUCUGGAAUUUCUCCUUUGGCAGGGCGGCACGGGAGGGGCAGGUGGAGUUCCUCCGUGUGCUGCUGAGCCACGGUGCGGCCAUUACCUCCGCACCGCUACCCGCCAACGCCGCGGGUAAGACCCCCCUGGACCUGGCUCUGGAUUUCCGCAACCUCCAGUGUGUGGAGCUGCUGCUGGCCAACGAGGUGUCCAGACCGCCACCGCUGAGGCUAGCUGUGAUGAAGGCCUGGUCUCGUCUGGCUGCGGACAUGCCGUCCGUGCUGGUCAAGUUCCUGCAGGCGUUGGGGUUUGAGGAGCUGACGGACGCGGUGGGCAGCAGCACAGUCAUGGUGUCGGUGCAGGAGGGCACCCACCUCAUCACGUGCGGGUCGCAGGACUACGCGGUGAAUCAGGAGCUGUGGGCGGAUAUGAGCCGCAAGCCCCCAUCGGAGAUGAGGCUUCCUGUUUACAUGUGUGGACUGCCGUAUGUGGCGCUUACGACUCGCUCCGUGAAGAAGUCGCCGCUGGGUGUGCUGAUGCUCAACAACGUCAAUGACGCCUUCACCACCGAUAUUGUGUUUGCAAUGCUCACUUACAAGUGGGACACUUACGCAGGCCGCAUCUACCGGCGGCAAGCUCUGUUGUACGGCAGCUUUAUGGUGCUGUACAUCACCGCCACCACGCUGGGUGUGGAGUGGAGCAAAGGGGUUAGCAGAGAGGAGAUGUACGGGUACGGUACGACUCGUACACGUGUGGCGGUACGGAUUCUUCUGGAGGGUUGCGUCUUGCUGCUUAAUGCGUGGUACCUGUGGGAGGAGAUUGUCCAGAUCUCCAGACACGGCCCGGUGCAGUACUUCACAGGUCAUAACUCUGCUUGGAACUGGGUGGAGCUGCUGUCGUGCUUGAUGGUCAAGUUGGUGGUGGUGCUGCAGGUUAUCGGGCUGGAAGAGGCUCGGUGGGUGAUGUCCGCCUGCACCAUCCUUCUCGGCACCCGACUGCUCAAAGUGGCAUCAGGGUACGAAGGCACGGGUAUCUACUUACAGAUCAUCAUUCGCAUCAUCGCCGACCUGCGCCAUUACCUCCUCAUCGUGCUGGUGACACUCCUCACGUACGCGCUGGCGUUCCGACACAUCAUGGUGUACUACGAUCAGAUUGACAAUGACGCGGGCAUCUCCUCCGAGUUCACCAGGAGCUUCGACGGCUUCCCCAAGAGCCUGCUGUCGGUCUACUACUUCAUGACCGGUGGCGGCUUCCCAACCGACGUGGACGGAGAGCCCAAAUACCUCGUCUGGUACCUCCACGCCAUGCUGAUCAGUUUCUCCUUCAUGGUAUCUAUCAUUCUGCUCAACCUGCUCAUCGCGGUCAUGUCGGACACCUACAUGGAGGUCAAACAGCACGCCAAGAGCGAGUGGAUGCUUCUAAAGGCGAGGCUGGUGCUGGAGAUUGACUCCAAUAUGCCAGAUUCCUUCUUCACGGAUAGGCGCAGGUCCGCGCCCCGCUGGCUACAUGUGGUGAACACCAAGCACACCUCCGCUUCCCCGCUGGACACCAUUCGGGGCACUGUGGGUGGCCAGGCGAGUAACGGCUGCUGCACCAACCAACCAACGGCUAAUGACCAAAUAACCAUCAAUAACGAACCAGCUGACUAG